CGGGGAAGGAAUCAGGGACAGGCCGGCAGUCAGGGCGCAGCCACACAUGUCACUCAAGAGAGAGAUCAUUGUCUCGCCAUGUGACUCACUAAAACAAUUUCAAUGUAAUUCAUUUUUACGACAUUUUAUUUAGUGUUUAUUUUAUAACAAUAUAGGGCCCGUAAGAGACUGAACACAAGCAUCGGGUCAGUGGUCAACAUUGUGCACUAGCAGCAGUCCAGUCCAUCGCAGUGCUGAGCCCUUAAGCCACGUUCAACCCCACCACUGAGCUGGUUUGCUCACAAACAACUGGUCACUGCUAGGGGAAGGGAAGACCGCAAAGGUCACAGGGUUGUGUCCCCACCAUGGACAGUAUGCUAGAGAAUCUGUCAAAAACUGAGUUUAUCAGCAUUUGUGUUCGCGAUCCAAGGCUUCAUAAAGAUCACCUCUGGCACACACAUCUCGACUACGAGAUUUGUUUACAAACCAAUAGCAUGUGUUUUCGAAAGAAGACUUCCUGUGUAAGGCGGCGUUACAGUGAGUUUGUUUGGCUGCGUGACGGUCUGGAACAGAAUGCUCUGAUCAUGGAGUUACCCAACUUGCCGCCCAGGAACCUGUUCUUCAGUCCGGGGAACAAAGAGCAGGUCUUGCAGAGGAUGAAGGGCUUCCAGGAGUUUUUAGAAAAUGUUGUUCAAAUACCUUUGUUGUUAUCGGACAGUCGACUCCACCUGUUCCUUCAGUCAGACCUCAGCAUCCCAAAGAUGGCAAAGUGUGCUUCUGGUAAGACCAGGUACACAGUGGCUGAAGCCAUACAGCGUUCCGGCGGCGGUUGCAUCAGCAGACUAGAAGACAAGGCCUCCUUUGACUCGGACUGUGAAAGCAGCUGUUCUUCGUCAGGCUUGGGAGGAAGUGUGGACACUCCAGUGCGAUGAAGCCCCGCCCCCUUCCUCGAGAUACUCCAUGGAGCUCUUGAUUUUCUUAACUUUCCUUCCAAAGAACAUGUUUUACCAUUCAUUAUUCCCCUUAGACUUUUGCUGUUUUAAUAAUGUGCUUUCAUUUUUUCUUAAAGCAAAACCAUAGUAAUUUAAUGCAGUGUGCCUUGUAAAAAAGAUCAAGUUUUAUGUAUACAUUUUAUUUGCACUGAAGGUGUACGGAGGUUAGCAAGGGAUUGUGAGUUUUAGAAAAAUUUGAAUACUUUUAUGUUAAUGGAUGAAAUAAAUUGUUAUAAAUUAACAAUGGAUGAGACAUUGG